AUGAGUUUGGCGGGGACAGAAAGUUCGGAGGAGGGUGCAGGGCAUCUGGAGCCUCCUGAUCCUGAUAUUCUUGAAAUCGAUCCAACAUGCACCUAUAUCAAGUACAAAGAAGUGAUCGGCAGAGGAGCCUUCAAAACUGUUUACAAGGCAUUUGAUGAAGUCAAUGGGAUUGAAGUUGCAUGGAGUCAGGUUCAGAUUGAUGAGGUUUUACAGUCCCCCGGUGACUUAGAUAGGCUAUAUUCAGAAUUGCACCUCUUGAGAUCACUGAAUCACAGUAACAUAGUAAGAUUCUACAAUUCCUGGAUUGAUGACAGGCGCAAGACCGUUAAUAUGAUUACGGAGUUGUUUACCUCGGGUAGCCUCAAACAGUUUCGCAAAAAACACAAGAAGGUUGACUUGAAGGUCGUUAAAGGAUGGGCAAGACAAAUUUUAAUGGGUCUAAAAUAUCUCCACGGUCACAACCCACCAGUUAUUCAUAGGGACCUGAAAUGUGAUAAUAUAUUCAUCAACGGUCACCAAGGAGAAGUUAAAAUUGGAGAUCUUGGGCUAGCAACUUUCUUGGAUCGAAAUAAUGCCAAGAGUGUAAUUGGAACCCCGGAGUUUAUGGCACCCGAGCUGUAUGAUGAAAAUUACAAUGAAUUAGCUGACAUAUAUUCAUUUGGUAUGUGCAUGCUUGAGUUAGUGACGUCUGAGUAUCCUUAUAGCGAAUGCAGAAACUCAGCCCAGAUAUACAAGAAAGUUUCAUCCGGUAUAAAACCUGCUGCACUUUCUAAAGUGAUAGAUCCAGAUAUGAAAGCAUUUAUUGAGAAAUGUCUAGUACCAGCGUCUCAAAGAUUGUCAGCCAAGGAGCUUCUCAUGGAUCCGUUUCUUCAAACAAAUGCUUCAACAAAGAUGGGUCCUUUUCCAUUGCCACAUAUUGUUCUUCCUAAAUUGGGAGCCUCUGAAAGUCGUUGUAUGGUGUCAGAAGGUCCUGCUACUGUACGUGAUGGAGACAUUUCUAUGGAUCUUGGUGACAUCAAUGAGCUUCCAGUGAUUACUAUAUUUGAUAAAUCCACUGAUGAUGCCUCAUGUUCUUCAAGUGUUGAGAUAAGGAGGCAGAAGAGAGGUGAUAUUUUCUUUCUAAAAGGUGAAGAAAAUGAUAAGAACUCUGUGUCAUUGGUUCUGCGGAUAGCUGAUCAAGGUGGACGAGCAAGAAAUAUCCAUUUCAUAUUCUACCUUGACAGUGACACUGCUGUUUCAGUUUCAAGCGAAAUGGUUGAGCAACUUGAACUUACUGAUCAGAAUGUUAAAUUCAUAGCUGAAUUAAUAGAUUUGUUAUUGACGAAUUUGGUUGCUGACUGGAAACCCUGUGUAGCUAUUGAUCACUUGGUUACUCCUAGUAAUAAACAAACUCAUGUGAGCCAACAGGGAGCGUUGAAGUUGGCAAAAUGCAAAGGAAGCUCAAAAGAUUCGACUGAAGAUUUAGGCCCCUCUACCUCAUCUGCAACAUUGGCUGCAAAAGAAAACCUGGAUAAUAUGGAUAUCGAUGGAGCUUUAUCAUACGAUUGCACUUAUCUUCAGAAAGCACCCAAAUCAGAUGAUCCUUGCUCUGAGAAGUCGUAUGCAUCUGCAACAACUGAAUUCAAUGAUAAUAAGUUUUCUACGGUUUCAUUCAUGUCUGCUGCAUCAGAAUUUGAUGGAGGAAGUCAAUCCUCGUUUGCUUCUGAAAUUGAGGGGUCACCUGAUUCGAAGAGCAGGUUUUUAGACCUGGAAAACUUCUCUAAUAGUCUCAACAUUGUUUCUUCCUCGUUUGACCUUGAGACUGAAUUGAAAUUAGAGUUAGAAAUGAUUGAACAGAAGUAUCAAGAAGCAAUUAAUGAUUUAUCCCAAAGAAGAUACCAGGCUAUCAUGGAGAUUAGAAGGAGAAUGUCAGAAAAAAUGGUAUCAUAG